AUGGUUCAGCUGCUGCCAGCAAAAGAAGCAGCAAAAAUAUACCAUACCAACUAUGUACGCAACGCACGUGCAGUCGGGGUGUUGUGGGCAGUGUUUACCAUAUGCUUCUCUAUCAUCAUGGUGGAAGUUUUCAUCCAACCUUACUGGAUUGGGGAUAGUUUAAACACCCCACAAGCAGGUUAUUUUGGUCUGUUCAGCUACUGCAUAGGAAAUGCACUGACAUCAGAAUUAAUCUGCAAAGGAAGUGCCUUGGACUUUGAAAGCAUACCUUCAGGAGCCUUCAAGACUGCCAUGUUUUUUGUUGGAGUCUCCAUGUUCCUGGUGGUGGGUUCCAUGCUGUGCUUCAGUCUUUUCUUUUUCUGCAAUUCGGCCACAGUGUACAAAAUCUGUGCGUGGAUGCAGUUGGCUUCAGGUGCAGGCUUGAUGAUUGGAUGCCUAAUUUACCCAGAUGGGUGGGACUCUGCAGAAGUGAAGCGUAUGUGUGGCGAUAAGACGGAUAAAUACACGCUGGGAGCCUGCACUGUGCGGUGGGCCUACAUCCUAGCUAUCAUAGCUAUAAUGGAUGCUGUCAUUCUUUCCUUCCUCGCCUUUACACUUGGAAACAGGCAGGAUAAUUUGCUGCCUGAGGAUUUCAAGAUCCAGAGCAAAGAAGAUGAGAGUGGUUGAGUGGAUCUUCUUUCCACUGCAAGAAUAUGAAUACUUAUUUCAACUUUCCUAUGUAGGAUGAUAAUACUGAUAACCAAGACAGAAAUUCCCAACAAACAUCUCUGUCCGGCAGUGAAUGGAAUCUGUUCAAGGGAGAUGAUUAAUAAAAAUUGUAUAUUACUGUACACAUGCAGUUUACAUAGUAAUAUAGUUAUAUAACUGAUCGACAAUACUCAAUAAUCAGUAGUAUCGACUAAGGCGACAUUCACAUGUGCAAUAGCCUGCCGGAGUGGAUUGAUAUUUUUGUCCAGCCAAAACAAACCACUCAUGCCAUCAUGUAGCCAGAUUCCAAUAUUAGUGUAUGGUGUCCGGCGGUGAACGGCAACAACGGAGCCGGUGAACUCCAGCAGACUGUUCUCUACUACAACAGCAUACUAGAUCAGGCUACCACAUGUGAACGUAUUUAAAAUGUUGUCUUACAAAGUGUUAUUGAAUGCUUCACUUAGGGUAUGGCUGGAUGGCGCCAUGUUUCGUGCAACAUUUCAUGUAAUGUAUUUUAAUGGCAGUAUGCCGCAAAAAAGCCAUCCAAGUCGAAUUUUUUUAUUUAUUUUUUUGCGAAUGUCAGUCGCAGCUUGUUGCAUUAUAUGAAAUGUCGCCAUGUAACCAUACCAUUUUCUGUUGCACGACACGUGUCACCGUUUAGCCGUAUCCUUAUAGCAUUGCGCUACUGCCCUAUAGAAGCCUACAGUAUUUGGCAGUAUGUGCCUGGAGAUUUUAUUUUUUUCAUUUCCAGAUGUACAAUGCCAACUGUAUAGCCAAACAUGGUGGAUAUAGGGGCUAACAUAUGUAGACCCACUAAUGGAUUAUUUCUUUACACGAACAGUACAAACCAGCAAAAUUAUAAGGAAUACAAAUAUAAAGUACAUGGUAAUACAUGACCAGAAUUCUGUUUUACUUUCUAUACUUUAUUUGAUGGGUCUCCUGUUUUAAGAUCACUAAAAAAAUUCAGUUUCCAUGAAGAUUUUAUUUGGUCUUUUGUCUUCACUGGCAGGAAAUCAGUCAGGUAUAACUACAACGGAGAAUGGGUUAAUAAAUAAGAGUGACAGAAAGUCUUGAAAAAAAGAAUGGGAUGCCUUGAUCAGAAUUUGAUCAACCAACUGGUCCUGUAUAGUGGACACACAAUUGCUAAGCUGCUCAUAUAUACGAGAGAUAAAAGUCAGCUGAUAUGGGCCAAAAUGUGAUCCAUCCUGUUGGGAAAUUUAGGCUGUGGCCAAUCCUCUGCCAUUCCAGUGUGUUUUCCUCCUCUUCUAAACUGGCUACCUGAUCUUUCGGUUUACUCUGUGUUGUUGGUUGGAUUGUUCAUACCAGUGAUCCCACCAGCAACACAGGGUUACAGACAGUGAAUGUGGAUCCACUGUGCCCA